GACUUCUGAGGCGUGUUCGAAAACCGAAGCAUUUACCUCUGGGUUUACAGCGUUGGUAAACCGAAAUGGUCGUCAACAGAGGCGUUUGAAAACCAAGAUUCAAAGAGGAUUAGUGAUCUACGUGUGCUUUUUCAAGGGAGCUGAAAAAGAACUUCUUCCCAAAAUGGUUAAUACACUGCUAAAUGUGAAAUUAAGUGAAACAGAAAAUGGCAAGCACGUCUCUAUAUUGGACCUACCUGGCAACAUCCUUAUCAUCCCUCAAGCCACCCUUGGGGGCAAAGUAAAAGGAAGAAACAUGCAGUAUCACUCUAACUCUGGAAAAGAAGAAGGGUUAGAACUUUAUUCCCAAUUUGUGACUCUGUGUGAAAAAGAAUUAGCUGCUAACAGCAAGUGUGCUGAAGCUGGGGUUGUGGUGGAACAUGGCACUUACGGGAACAGGCAGGUGUUAAAGCUGGAUACCAAUGGACCAUACACACACCUGGUUGAGUUUUGAAAAAUUAAAAAGUAGUUUCUACAGUUGUUUUCUGGUAUAAAAUGAUCUGGACUAUAAUUAGAUUUUCCCUGCUUCUUUUUGAAUGUACUCAUCUGCCGCAUUUUUAGACAAGAAAAUCCUGGGUCCCAUCCAUAACUCUGCAACCUGUUGAUUGAAUGACCUUCCCAGUCACCUAAACUCUGGACCUCAGUCACCUUUCAUUCUGCUCUCCCUACACUUUGACUUGAAAUUUUGAGAAAUGCUUUUCAUUCACUUUACGGUCAUUGUGGAAAAGUUCUUAGAGAGCUGUAUUUAAGUAUUUUGCAAUGAAGAGUUUUGUGCAGUCAAGAAAAAUAUACUUCUUAUACCCUCAAAUUUAUGUAGUAUGUAAUAAAAAAUGACUAUUAAAUUUGUUAAAAAUCCAGCACAAACCAAGUAUAAUUUUGUCCAUUUUGUUUUACUAUCAGUUGAAUACGUCAUUUACUGUUCUUUUUAAUAUUUAUGAAAAUGUAAUAUAGAAAUGUUACUAUGUAUUAUAUUAUUACUUUUCAAGGAUAUCCAAGUAUUUUUAAAUUAUUUUAAGAAUCUUCAAUUGGCAUAGAAACAAGGUAUGGGGGAUUAAAAGUUGUAUUUAUUUACUAUACCAACGGGUUAGUAUUCUGUUUCUCAGUUUUUUACCAUAACAGUGUAUAUCUCAUUUUUUUGUUUUUCAUUUUUAAAAAUUACUGCUUCAUGAAACUAGUAUCAGUUUAUAAUUUUUUAGGCAGUUCCUUUCUUAUUGAAUUAGAUUGCUAAGAAAAGAAGAAGAGGGAAGCCUUCUACUGGAAUUAUUUGAAAACAAAUUCACUUGUUUUCCAUAUUAUCUACUUAAUGAUUUGAAGCCAGUGUAAUUUUUUCUAUUAGUGCAUGUCUCUGUUCUCCCUCAUCUAACACCACCUCCUGCAAAAUUUACAUGUUGAAGUUCCCCAAAAUGAUGGUAUUUGGAGAUGGGGUCCUUUGACAGUAAUUAGGGCUGAUUAGGUCAUGAGAGUGAAGCUUUCAUGACAGGAUUAGCAUCUUCAUAAGAAGAGACACCAGAGAGCUUGCUCACUGUCUCCCCACCACAUGAGGAUGCAAUGAGAAGGGGUCCAUUUACAAGCCAGGAAGAGAACCCGUACCAGAAACUGACCGUGCUGCCAUCUUGAUCUCAAACUGCUAACCUCCCAAACUGUGAGAAAGUAAAUUUCUGUUUAAGCCACCUAGUCAAUACUAUUCUGUUACGACACCCCAUGCUAAGAGAUAGACAGCUAAUCAAGUAGACUUUUCAAAGGCAAGAGAGGAAGAUAUAUAAGAAACUGAAAGAAUAAAUGAAUCAAUACAAUGUAAUACUCUGUUUUUGCAAACUCCUCCAACAUGAUUUUAAAAAUUUUAAAGAGUGAAAAGUAAAAACCAAAUAAUAAUUCUAAUUACCAAAAAGAUAAAGAAAUUAACCUGAAUAAACUUAAGAAGCUGCUAAAAAUUCUUAGUUUUAUCAUUUCUUUAGGUCAGUGUUCCUAAGAUACUUAAAAUUUUUAUCACAAAAAUAUCCUAUUUUCUCUAUAUUCUUCCUGUACUAUUCUAUUUUGGAAGUUGAGAAUCAAUAACUGGCUUGGUAAUGAGCUCUUUGUCCUUAACUUUUGCUUUAUUGAUUUAUAAUACACUUAUUGAAAUGUAAUAAACUAUUCAUAAACUUGCAAA